AUGCAGCGCACUUCCACACCCCUCUUUCCAGAGGGAAGUCCAUCAAAAGAUCCCUCCAGGCCAUCAAUAUUCGACUUACUGGCUCAAGACCAGCUCAGAGAACUAUUCCAUCCAGUCGUCCGCUAUGUUCUAUCAUACUUUGCUCAAAGGUAUCCUAGAUAUCUUCUACGUAUACUCAACCAUCACGAAGAGUUCUUCGCGGUGUUAUUGUUGAUAUUGGAAAGACAUCAUCUAAAGAAACAUAACGCAUCGAUAUCUGAACACUUCUAUGGUCUUCGUUCGACCCCUAUCUCAUCAAUGAAUACUCCUCGACUGGAUGCCUUCACCCCUCCCAGACGUAGAAAAGGUAUAUCGCGUAAACAAAGAUGGGGAUUAUUACUUUUCCUAGUCGGUCUACCAUACGUCCGAGCUAGGGCACAAGAUUACUUUGAAAGUUUGGGUGGCGGGGGGAGUACGGAUGAGGUAGAAGAAGAGGAUAGAAGGAGGAUAAUUACAACACGUCAAAGGACAUUCAAAUUGAUUUAUCCGUACUUGAGUUUAGGAGUAGAUCUCACUUUCCUAGGAUACGAUCUAGCAUUCUUAUUUGAGAAGACCACCUACCCUAGACCAUGGCAUAGAUGGUUGGGACUAAAGGUGAUCCGUAGAGGUCCAGAAGACGAGCCCGAAUCGACUGGUAUUCUAUCAAAGCUCCCUCCUCUACUUCCACCUUUACUACUCCUCCUAAAACUCUCUCAGUGGUGGUAUUCCCCUUCAUCACCUCGAUCUCACCCCUCUCUCACCGCAAAUGAAAACAGUGUAGCAGCCACACACGCAUCGAUACUACCUCCUAGACCACUACCUAUCUUACCUGGGUCUAUAGGGGCUCUACCUCCCACGCCACCUCUCACACCUGAACAAGAAAUCGACCAAUCACUACUAAACGAAUUUCAGACUACUUCGGCUUCGGGAUCAUCGGGAGGCUCGGUGCAGAAGGAAGAAAGGUAUCAGGUGACCAAAGAGAGUUACGGCGACUGUCCAUUGUGCGGAAAGAAAUGGCAAAACCCCGCCGUGUUACCUAGUGGGUGGGUGGUCUGCUGGAGAUGCGGCUGGGAUGCUAUUGAGGGUGAAGAUGAAGAGGUCGACGAAGAGAAAGAGAAAGAGGAUGAGAAUGAGGGCGAGCAGUCAAUAUUGGUGAGACGUAGGAAAGGAAGAUGUCCUAUAACGGGAGUUGAGGUUGAACCAGGUGAUCUGAGGAGAGUUUUGAUAUAG